AUGAAUUCAUUUCAUUACGUGAGGAUUGUUGCUACUACCUCACUGCCAAGUCCUCUAGCUGUCACCAUGAGGGAAUACAAGGUGCUAGGUACCCUCCCUCUUUUGAAUUUUCUUAUUGGCCACCAAGAGAAUCUUAGAAACAGCUGUGAAGUGUGUCUCAUAAGAGAUGUGCAUGUGCAGUACAAAAAAAAUCUAAACCAUGAUACUAGAGGAAGUUUUUCUUUUUCUUCACAAUUGUGUUCCAGGUUUGAAAAGACCCACCACAAAUGCUUUUCUAUUUUCUGUAUUAAAGUAUCUUUUGAAAGAGGUGAUGCUGCCUGUGUGUGGUGCUUCUGGUGCCUCCAGUUCUGCCUUCUGAGGAUUUGGCUGAAAGGGUAUUUCUCCACUGAGCAUGAGGGAAAGAUCAUCUUAUAUGCCUGCUGUGAUUGCCUUGCACGCACUUGGCCAAGGAUGAGGGCAUAA